AUGGGACCUCCAAGGCCAUUUAUGAGUACAAGCGCCGCGACGAGCGCAAGAUUUGCUGAAGAGGAUAGACCGGACACAUUUGAAACUGAAGCACCAUGUACUUCCGCUGCUAGAGUUGAUGAAGAAAUACUGUUGGAUAGACCAGUUGAGACUGUAACUGAACCUGUUUCCCCUGGUACACCACAUGUAGUGACAUCGUCAGAUGGUGAUGAUAUUUUUGAAGAGCCAAAAUCAGGGAUGGAGUUCAAUUCGUUUGAAGAUCUGUUGAGCUAUUAUAAGCAGUAUGCAAAAAGAUGUGGGUUUGGGGUGAUGACACAAAGGAGUGAGAGGUCUGACGAUCACGGUGUGAGAUAUGUUACUCUUGGUUGUGCACGGGGAGGGAAGGCCCGGAUUAAGAGUUCUAAUCCUGCAAUGCCACGUCCGACGGGAAAGACGGAUUGUAAGGCCCGGAUUAAUGCACUAAGAAUUGAGGGGAAGAUGCGGUUGACAACAGUGAAUAAUACACAUAAUCAUGUAAUCAGCCCUCAAAAAUCCCGCUUCUUUCGAUGCAAUAGAGCAGUUAGUGAAACUGUUAAAAGAGUCCUAGACACAAAUGAUUUAGCUGGCAUCCAAAUGAACAAGAGUUAUGGAUCUCUUGUGGUUGGCGCAGGUGGCUUUGAGAACCUCCCUUUUUUGGAAAAAGAUUAUCGCAAUUACAUCGACAAAGCCCGUCAUCUGCGACUUGGUGCAGGUGGUGCUGGAGCACUUCGUGACUAUUUUAUGAGAAUGCAGUACAAGAAUAACGGUUUUUUUGCGUUGAUGGAUUUAGACGAUGAAGGGCGGUAUGGGAUGCCCUUUGCACCUUUUGUCGGUGUAAACCAUCACGGGCAGUCGAUUCUGUUAGGAGCUGGAUUGAUUUCCAAUGAGGACACGGAGACAUUUACAUGGCUGUUCCAAACAUGGUUGCAGUGUAUGGAUGGAAUAGCACCAAAGGCAAUUAUCACUGAUCAAGACAGAGCAAUGAAAAAUGCAAUUGCUAUUGUCUUUCCUGAAAGUCGACAUAGAUUUUGCCUUUGGCAUAUACUUAAGAAAGUCCCCGAGAAGCUUGGAUCGUAUGCCACCUAUAGAAGUGGGCUGAAAACCGAGCUGAUGAAAUGUGUGUACGACACACAAACUGUUCAGGAGUUUGAAAACUGUUGGGCCGGUUUUAUUAACACAUACGACUUACAUGAGAAUGCAUGGUUGACAAGUUUAUACAAUGAGCGUGAGCAUUGGGUACCGGUUUUCCUAAAAGAGCACUUUUGGGCGGGAAUGAGUACAACACAGCGAAGCGAGAGUAUGAAUGCUUUUUUUGAUGGUUACGUCCAUGCGAAGACCAACUUGAAGGAGUUUGUCGACCAGUUUGACAAUGCAUUGAAGAAGAAAAUUGAAAAUGAAAAUCAGGCGGAAUUCCAGUCAUUUAGCGGCACCAUUCCCUGCGUAUCUAGAUCCCCAAUUGAGAAGAAAUUUCAAUCCUUGUACACCAAUGCUAAAUUUAAGGAAGUUCAACAGCAAGUCAUAGGCAUGCUUGAUUUGGAAAUUAAGCUACACAGUUCUGAUGGCGUAACUAGCACUUAUGUAUUAGAGGAUGAAGUUCGUAUUCAGGAGUUCACAAAACAGGUUACAUAUUCAGUGGAUUUUAAUGUGGAUGACUGCAAUGCAAAGUGCUCAUGUGGGUUAUUUCAAAUGAGGGGGAUACUGUGUAGACAUAUCCUGGCUGUAUUCAAAACAAUGGGUAUAAAAUCAUUGCCAAACCAGUACAUUUUGGACCGAUGGAGGAAGGACAUCAAGAGGAGAUACACGUCAAUCCGAAGUAGCUACGAUGCAGGGGAUCAGAGGCCAAAUGGUAAUAGACACACAAUUCUUCUGAAUAUGUGCUACGAGAUGAUAGAUUAUGCUGUGGAUUCUAAUGAGCAAUUUGAAGAUGCAAAGAAGAGGAUAAAUGAGAUGACUGGAUUAUAUCGUCAAUACCAACGCCCCUUGGCUAUGGCCGAGACAGGUUCGGAACCUGUAUUUACGACACAGGAUACUGCAGUUGGUAGUUCACAACAAGUGAAAAGUCCACGUAUUGUCAGAGGGAAGGGAAGACCCCCAUCUCUUAGAAGAGCAUCUAGGAUGGAGAUAGACAUGCGGAAGGUUAAAGCCAAACAAGCCAAACAAGCCAAACAACAAGUUGGAGGAAAACGCAAACAGCGACAUGAGAGAGAGACAUCAUCCAUUGGAACGUGUAUGAAUUUAUUUCAUGACGAAGAUAUUGCAGCACUGGACACACGCAGGAAUUUAUUUGGGCCAUCGGGAGUAGAUAUUUGUGUCAAUCCUGGCCAAGUUCAGGGAGUUCGAGACAGCUCACCUUUUAACAGUAGUGGACCCGAGCAAUAUCAUCCCUUUAUUGAUAGUCCAGAAAGUAUAUUUUAUGAUUGGAUGGCGCACAAUCAGCACUCAUUGGGUGGAGAUGGGUCACAAGAAUAG